AAAAAAAGAGAGCUCCUUUCACCACUACCUUCUAUCGAUGUUGGUUGACACAGUGAUUGAGACUUGAAAGCGCCCAUCUUUUCAUGUCUAUUGACAAUGAUAGUUGAUAUACCACUUCGCUUGUUCAUGUCCACUUUUGACCCUCUCUAUUUUUCUCUCUUCAACUUUCUUGAUCAUUACCAGGCCCAGUGUUGAACUAGAAAUUAAUAAAGUCAUUCAGCUCAGGAGAAGAAAGAGGGGAGAAGGCUACCAAUGGGCUCUCUGGGAGGUGAAACUGCGAAGAAGAAAGCAAUGUGGCUCUAUCCUAAGGUUUUAGGAUUUAACCCUUCUGAAAGAUGGGGUCAUUCUGCUUGCUACUCUCAUGGGAUUGUUUAUGUCUUUGGUGGAUGUUGCGGGGGUCUGGAUUUCAGUGAUGUUCUCAUGCUAAAUCUAGAUACAAUGCUUUGGAACACAAUGGCAACUACAGGUCAAGGGCCUGGUCCAAGAGACAGCCACAGUGCUGUUCUUGUGGGCCGACAAAUGAUCGUGUUUGGGGGCACGAAUGGCUCUAAGAAGGUGAAUGAUCUUCAUGUAUUGGACCUUGGGACCAAGGAGUGGAUGAGCCCUGAAUGCAAAGGGAAUCCUCCUUCGCCUCGCGAAAGUCACACUGCAACACUGAUUGGUGAUGACAAAAUCAUGAUAUUUGGCGGAAGUGGAGAAGGUGAAGCAAAUUAUUUAAACGAUUUGCAUGUUUUGGACCUCAAGUCCAUGAGAUGGACUUCUCCGGAGGUGAAAGGAAGUAUUCCUGCUGCUAGGGAUAGUCACAGUGCUGUUGCAAUUGGCAGUAAGCUUUUUGUAUACGGUGGUGAUCGCGGUGAUAGGUUUCAUGGUGAUGUGGAUGUUCUGGAUACAGAUACAAUGACUUGGACAAAGCUUGCUGUUCAAGGAUCUGCGCCAGGCGUUAGAGCAGGCCAUACUGCUGUGAAUAUUGGGACAAAGGUUUAUGUCAUUGGAGGUGUUGGGGACAAGCAUUACUACAAUGAUGUCUGGGUACUUGAUGUGAGUGCCUGUUCAUGGACUAAGCUUGAUAUAUCUGGGCAGCAACCUCAAGGGAGGUUUUCUCACACUGCGGUUGUUACGGACUUAAAUAUUGCCAUCUAUGGAGGGUGCAGAGAGGAUGAGCGUCCUCUCAACCAGCUGUUGGUGUUGCAACUUGAAGCAGAACAUCCCAAUGGUCGAUACAACAUUUCCAUGUGCAAGAUCUUUGGAAACCAUUGGAAUCAAGAAAAGAGAAGAUUUCUCCGAGGAGCUGCGAACAAUUCGACAAUGUUUCCGGGGAACAAUGAAAUAGUCGGAAAGGGCUCUCAAGAAUCAGAAGAAUCAAAACAACCUUUUCAGUUCAGUUCAGAUACUCUGCAUCCUACGAAGAAAAGAACUACAAAUCUUAAGGCAUGGGAGAUUGAUUCAGAACAAGAAGAGCAUUCUCUUUCUCUUUCUCAACAUUCAUCCCCAUCACAAUCUGAUCAAGAACAGUUCCCAGUUCAUAGAUCAGUUGAUUCCCUCACAUCCUGCCAAGGACUUAAUUUUUUUAGGCAGUUAAACAAAAUUCCGAGAAAUUGCCGGGCUGAUGAUGUUGCGAGUAACCAGAAACAACCUAUAACUAUAGUCGAAAGAACCCCGUACAGUCUUCAAAUUUCAAGAGAGAAUAAGAGAGCAGAACAGUAUGUUCAUGCUGGGCUUGGCAGGCAAGGAACACCAUUCCCACCAAUGGAACAUAGACCCGUGGAGGCAGGGUCAAUUCAAAACCUGGUUGGUGCUGAGGUCCGAGGAAAAGUUGACGGAGCCUUCGACUCAGGCCUUCUAAUGACUGCAACUGUCAAUGGAAAGAUUUUUAGAGGGGUCUUGUUUGCACCUGCACCCUGUGUAGCUCCAGGAAGGGCCAUUCUAGCUCAAAAUCAUGCAUCUCAAGGAACGCAAAUCCACACUGUCCAGCAGUUUCCAAACUCAAAUCAUAUAGAUUCCUUAAAGCCCUCUCAUCAUCCAACAACAUUCCCCAAGCCAGAAUCUGGUCAGAGUUUUCGACAAACUCAAAUGACAAGAACAUAUCCGGUAAUUAGAGCUGCUCCAUCAUUAGGCAAAGAACCAAAGCCAAGGAGUGAUCUUCAAGGUGUGAUUCUAACACUAGGAGGACCUGCAAGUGGUCAUGUUGGACAAGUUUAAAGUUCAAAAUGCGCGGUAGUUAAUAUCCCUAGCCUUGUAUAUCUAAAGUAAUUUUCAUUUUCCCUUUUUCAUGAUGGUUCUAAAAAUCCAGGCUUCAAGAUCUGGGCAAUUCAGCUUGUCUGAAGUCGGUCUUUUGUGCAAACCAUCAGCUUGAUUGUAAGUUUAAAGUUGUAUUAAGAGCUUAAGUCACACGUUUUGAAUCUU